AUGGAAAACCAAGUAUCUAUAAUUGAAGAUGAGGUGCUAAUAAAGAACUUCAUCAGCCUCCAGACCUCCCCACUCCACCCCCCUCCUCCAUCCAGCCAAGCUCAGAGAGAGGCUGAUAUGGAGAGUAACAAUGUCGAAGCCAGAGGUUCUCCAAAAAUAAAAAGUAGGUUGGCUACAUACCUUAUUCUGCAAAACCAACUCCUCCCUAUUGCUCAAACACCAAAAUCACAGCCACUCUCACAAUCUCUUGCCAUAACUAACAUGAAAAAGUUCACUGAAUACUGGGAUGAACUCUUGGGAACUGCUGAUGGAAGCGGUGCACCAUUUCUUGAAGCAAAAGUUUAUUCAUGUAAUGCUUCUCAACUUCAGGAAGGAGAUCUUCCAUUUGUUCCUAAAACAGUGGAAGAUUCGAAGAAUGAUUAUAAUAUCAAUGAUGAUUGUUCUGAUAUUCUUGUUGUUAGUGAUUCCAUGGUUAUUGCAGCUCACAAUGAGGAUGCAAAUGUUGCUCUAGUUGGCCACACAGAGGAAAGAGCUGCUUUGCUUCCAAAGGGAUCAAAAAGUGAUUUUCUUUCUCUCCUUGGAAACAACAAAGAUGCCAAGUAUCCCAUUUACAUGACAGGUCCAUUACCUUACACCCUCCUCUGCACAUCAGUGAUAGAUCUAGAUGAACAAACCAUCUCAAUCAUAGAAGGGAUCCCAAAGGAAACAGAGGCCACCUUUGUUUUCUCAAUGUCUUCACAGUAA